UCUCUUCCUAUCUCUGUCAGCCCAGCUCAGUAGUUUAGCAGGCUAGUACGGAGAGACGAGGGCUGCUCCCUUUCGCCUCUGCUCAGUCUGCUCCAGCACACCAACACCACACAUUCCGCACCAUGGCUGCCACGGACGUUGACGUGUUCUCGAAUGAAGAGAAGCGUAACCUGAGUUUGGGCGGACAUGUUGGAUUUGACAGCCUCCCUGACCAGCUGGUCAGUAAAUCGGUCACACAGGGAUUUUGUUUUAACAUUCUCUGUGUAGGGGAGACUGGUAUCGGCAAGUCAACGUUAAUGAACACGCUCUUCAACACCAUGUUUGAGAACGAAGAGGCGAGCCACUAUCAGAACGGCGUGUAUCUGCGGCCGCGAACCUACGACCUGCAGGAGAGCAACGUCCACCUCAAGCUGACGAUUGUUGACACCGUUGGCUUCGGUGAUCAGAUCAACAAAGAGGAUAGUUACAAGCCCAUCGUUGACUACAUCGACACUCAGUUUGAAAACUAUCUCCAGGAAGAGCUGAAGAUCAAACGCUCGCUGUUCAACUACCACGACACCAGGAUCCACAUCUGCCUUUACUUCAUCGCCCCGACAGGACACUCCCUCAAGUCCCUGGACCUCGUCACCAUGAAAAAACUGGACAGCAAGGUCAACAUAAUUCCCAUCAUUGCCAAAGCGGACACAAUCUCCAAGAGUGAGCUCCAUAAAUUCAAAAUAAAGAUUAUGAGUGAGCUGGUGAGCAACGGUGUCCAGAUCUACCAGUUCCCGACAGACGACGAAGCUGUCAGUGAGAUCAACGCCUCCAUGAACGCCCACCUGCCGUUUGCUGUGGUUGGUAGCGUGGAAGAGGUCAAAGUGGGAAACAAAACCGUGCGGGCCAGACAGUACCCCUGGGGUGUCGUGCAAGUCGAGAAUGAGAGUCACUGCGACUUUGUGAAGCUCAGAGAGAUGCUGAUCAGGGUCAACAUGGAGGAUCUGAGGGAGCAGACCCACGCCCGCCACUACGAGCUGUACCGACGCUGUAAGCUGGAGGAGAUGGGCUUCAAAGAUACAGAUCCCGACAGCCAGCCAUUCAGUCUUCAAGAGACGUAUGAGGCCAAGAGGAAAGAGUUCUUGGGGGACCUGCAGCGUAAAGAGGAAGAAAUGCGACAAAUGUUUGUCAACAAAGUAAAAGAGACGGAAGCAGAACUGAAAGAAAAGGAGAGAGAGCUGCACGACAAGUUCGAGCAGCUGAAGCGGAUGCACCAGGAGGAGAAGAGGAAGGUGGAGGAGAAGCGGAGGGACCUGGAGGAGGAGAUGAACGCCUUCAACAGGAAGAAGGUGGCAGCCGAGACGCUCUCCUUAUCUCAGCCGCUCAAGAAAGACAAGGACAAGAAAAAUUAAUUUAUGGGCGCUGUACACCCUCCCACACACGACCAUGGAUUUGUCCUCCACCACCAUAGCAACGACAACACCUGUUUAUUUUCUUUGUCUGUUUGUUUAGUUUUGACAUUCCAUCUUGACAUUGUGCACAUGGACCAAAGACACUGAGGAUGAUGAUGAUGAUGAUCAUGGUGAAGCCACAGGGGAGCAAAAAAAAAAAAAAAAUAAAAAGAGUGAAAGAUGGUGACAGAUGAUGAGGAAAAAUGUUCACUUGCCAGCAGUGGCCAUCUCAUUUAUUCAGGAUCUGUCAUUCUAUGUUUUUUUUUUUUUUUUUUGGACACUUUUUAUAUAUAUAUAUAUAUAUGCAUUUUGUUUUUCUAUGUUGUGAUUCAAAGAUUUUCUGUUGGGUUUUUUUUGUGUGUUUUGCCAUCAACUACUCACACAGAAACGACAGGUUCAAGCCCUUCAAAACUUUCGGGUACUGCAGUGUAACACAGCGAGCAAGUCAUUUGAAACUGUUCAAGACGUGUUUUUAAAAAAACAAACAGGAUGUGCUUGAUUUUGUAGGAGUGAUGUUUUAAUUACAAAUUCAUCCAUGAAAUCAAGCCUCCCAUAAAGUUUUUAAAAUACCUGAGCUGUUUGAAAUGUUGUCUAGCUGUGGUGUGUCUGUUAACCUUUAUGUAAUAAUAAGCAUUUAGUACAUUUCACAGCAGAAUAAAGCCCUGUGUCAAAUGAGCCCAAAUAAUACAUUUAAACAGCGUUAUGUCAAGCAAUAAAACUGAGUACCUGUAUACUGUAUAUAUCACUGCAUAUACAUAGGUACUGACAACUUAAAACUUAGUCUUAAGUUUUAAUAGAAACUUAUGCAAUAUUCUGGUGCUGUUUCAUAUUAACUCAAUAAAUGUAUGUGAAUAUUUUCUAGAGCUUACCCAGCUUAAUAUGCAAAAAUGUACUAGUUUUUGAAUAUGAUAUUAAUGUAAGAAGCACAUAUGACGGUGUACAUUGUCCAUACGUGAUGUAACUUUAUUGUAAACCAUGAGUGAUCGCCUUGAUGUGAGUGUUGUGACAGUGGACACAACAAGAAGCCAGUAUGUAUACACGCACACACACACGCACACACACACACACACAGGAUUCAGGAAAACGUAGCAGCCUCAGCUCGCUGUAGAAGAGUUUACACUCAGAGAUGGAGAGAAGAGAGCAGCUGUAUUUACUGUCUGUCGUUGGAAAUAAAUACAACCCCCCCCCCCUCCCCGACUUUGA